UAGAGAGAGAGAGAGGCUGAGCCGUACGGGUGAGCGGCGGGUCCGUUAGCAGGGCUUUUCUUUGCGUUCGGAGAUCUUGGCUCACAGCCCAACUGGCGUUUUUGUAAUCAAGGCAUGAUCCGGGACUCCAUGCGCUUCUUCCCCGAGCCGCGUCGGCUGCCUGCCGUUUGCAAGGAUCCCAGAUUUCCCUGCUGACAUGAACAGAGCUAGCUCGACAGAGAUGAGGAUGAUGAUGAUGAAGAAGGAGCACAAGGAUGCAGAGCUGGAUAAAAAGAUCGAGGCCUUGCGGAAGAAAAAUGAAGCACUAAGGAAACGGUACCAGGAAGUGGAGGAGGAUAAAAAGCGGGCGGAACAGGAAGUGAUGCCACCCCACGGCAGGAAGGGAAAGCUUGAUGAUCUGUCAAUCACCGUCAACAAAUCCUCCAAUGUGAGCUGCUUUACUUCUUCACAGGUUAAACUGGAUCAGCGUGUGGUGACCAAGAGGCCGGGCGGACUGAAGGAAGGAGAGCCGGAGAAGGACGGUGAUCCCGGAUCCAGUGUCUUCAGCAUCGGGAGAGGAAAGAGACGGCAGCUGCUCGUCACAACGCCAGGAAACAUCAAGGGUAAGAGGGUGUUUGGGGAAAGAAAGGACCGGAACCGGCCCGUGAGUCCAGAGAGGUUGAAGUGUUGUAUUGAAGAAGUGCUGGAGUCCAACGCACGAGAGAAACGUCCGCCGUCCGCAAGGGGAGUCCCAGAGGAGGACGCAGAACGAGGAGAUCAAUGGAGUCGAUGUGUAGGAUCUAAAGGUGUCCCGGUCUCUGAGGCCAUUGCUGACCUGAGCAUCGCAUCUAAGGAAGAACAUCUUGAGUACCUGCGAUGGAAGAAGGAGCGCGAGGAGAUCGACCGAGAGCGAGUGGCCCGGCACAGAAACGCCAAAGGCCAGUGGAGGAGAGCCUGGGACGUGGAUAAAGCCGAUCUGAUGUUCUCUGAAAAGGAACAUGGAGGAACGUCAAACAGAGGUCAAAACGGCAGAAGAGGAAAUCUGAGAUCGGAAGAAUCCAGAGGUCGACACCAAGCGUCCGACAAGAAGGAGAGAAGCGUCCCGGUGGUGGGGAGCAAAGCGAAGGGGAAAGACCGUCUGACGGGUCGAGCGAGGAGGUGGGAUGCUAAAGAGCAGGAGGAGCAUUUGCAGGUGUAUCCAGACGGCAGUCUGCAGGAGUUUUUAGAGGAGCUUGACGCUCUUUGUGCUCCUGAGAGCGUCAAUCCAAAGACUGACAUUGAAAACCCAAAGCCAUGUGCAUCUGAAGAGACCCGGAACACAAUCAGUGCCGUGACCUCCAAUGGGACGGCGGACCAGAAUACAGAAAUCGCUCAUUCGGAGCCGCUUCCUCAGAGGGCCAUUGAGAAAAAGGUCCGCUUUUCUGAGACCCAUGACAAGAACAAGUCAGAAACCGAGAGCAGUGCUCUGCAAGCGGCCUCACUGAUCACGAACGGCCCUGUAGAAGAAGACGACGAACAAACAUCGGCACAAGACGACAGCGAAUGGAUCCAGAAAGAGAUAAAACCUCCAUCUCCGGAGCAGGAAAAACUGAAUCCAGCCACUGAAGGAAGUGCAACUGAACCACUGGAACCCGUUGAACACAGCAAGAGCUGCUCCUCUAGAGGAAACGAAGAACUGACGGACUCGAGUGUGUGUGUCCUGAAUCUGGAUCCGGGCGACGCUCUUCCCGACCGCAGCACCAGCGCUGAUAUGGCGAGAGAGAACGGGAAAGUUGUUUAGAUGGAAAUGAUGUCACUCACAUCUGGAGCGAAACUUCAUGCACUAAAACAAACCAAAACAGAAGAACAAAAAUAUAAUUUGCCUUUUUAUUUGACUGAUACUCGCGUAACUCUUCUGUGUUUGGAGUAUUUAAUUGGGAAUUUUUGUCAUUUAUUGAAAACACUGGUUCUGAUUAGUAGAUUAUUAAUGCUUCAAUGCACAGUUAACCUUUAUCUGAGCCACCAAACCCAAAGGUCCCAUGUUUUUUUUGUGGGAUGUUUGAUGGGAAAGCACUACAAGCAACUUGAAUGUGGGACAAACCCAUUUAUACAGCACACUAACUGACUAACCCAGUAGUAAUCUUCAUCAGAUCUCAUUUACGGCACUGAAAUCCAGCCUGAUCUCGCCUUCACAAGCACACGCGUCAUGGGAUUUUGUGUGGAUAGUUCACAAGGAUCGUUCAAGGAUGUUUAUUAGCACUUUAUUUUGUAUGAAUACUCUGAAAAGCUAUCAGAAAUAAAAACCAUUAAAGGUGUUUACAGUGGCAAUGAAUGAUCAAACUGAUGUUCAUCUUCACGACAUUUCGGUGUUUAAACGUUACGGUUUGAAGAACACAUGAAGGGUUUAAGAUUUGAUUUUUAUAUUUUGCUGACGCUUUUAUUUUGUGUUCAUUUGGUUUUGAAAUGAAUGUUAAAUAAUAUUAAUAAGCAUUAAAAUGUUUACCAGCCCUGUGCUGUGAUGCUUGCACUGAUUCCACUGCUCAAAUUGUUUUUUUUUUUUACCAUAACAACCAUCAGUUAUGAUUCAUUUAGUUGUUAAAUGCUAAAAUUAUACUUUUUUAUUUAUGCAUUUAUUGCAACAAUAGCUACCUUUACUACUAGAUGUUAAAUUGAAUGACCUAUAAAUACAUGCCACAAUAUUAGGGUUUCACAUUAAGAAUGUUUUUGUGGUUUGUGUUUGUUAGAGAAGUGAUAGAAGGCGUAUACACAGAUAAACAUAUUUUGCACUGCAGUCCAUUAAAAAUACACUGAAUUUU